AUGGCUUUCUCUCAAAAAUGGGUUUCUUUGAUUAUCCUUUUCUUUUGCAUUUCCCUUCAUUUGUGUGUACUCACUCUUGGUGAUGAUAAGGUUGACAAAACUAGGUGGCGUGGUGAUGAUGAUUGUAGAUGGGGUCGAAGACGUUGUGGUGGUCGGUUUGGUGGUCGCGGACCUCGUUAUGGUGGUGGCAUUGGUGGUGGAGCUGGUGGAGGAGGAGGUAUCGGUGGUGGAGCAGGUGGAGGAGGAGGCAUUGGCGGUGGUGCUGGAGGAGGUUUGGGUGGAGGUGGUGGUGCUGGAGGAGGUUUAGGUGGAGGUGCUGGAGCGGGUGGAGGAGGUGGCUCAGGUAAAGGCGGAGGAUUUGGAGCUGGCGGUGGUGUUGGUAGUGGUGCUGGAGGAGGUGUAGGUGGAGGUGGAGGCUUUGGUAGUGGUGGAGGAGGAGGCGUUGGAGGUGGUUCGGGUAAAGGUGGAGGCUUUGGAGCUGGAGGCGGUGUUGGUGGCGGGGCUGGAGGUGGUAUUGGUGGUGGAGCAGGAGGAGGAGGAGGAGGUGGAGUUGGUGGUGGUUCUGGCCACGGUGGUGGCUUUGGUGUUGGAGGAGGUGUGGGUGGUGGUGGUGCAGGAGGAGGAGGAGGUGGUGGUGGGGGUGGAGGUGGAGGAGGUGGGGGUGGAUUAGGUGGAGGAUCUGGACAUGGGGGUGGCUUUGGUGCUGGUGGGGGUGUAGGAGGUGGAGCUGGUGGAGGCAUAGGUGGCGGCGGAGGAGCUGGAGGCGGGGGUGGAGGAGGAAUAGGUGGGGGUUCAGGUCAUGGUGGUGGGUUUGGAGCUGGUGGAGGUGUAGGAGGAGGUGCUGGAGGAGGAGCAGGAGGUGGUAUUGGUGGAGGGCAUGGAGUUGGUGGUGGAGGUGGAAUUGGGAUUGGAAUUGGGAUAGGCAUUGGAGUUGGAGCAGGAGCUGGCCAUGGAGUAGGCAGCGGCUCUGGUAGCGGCAGUGGUGGUGGCGGCAGAUAA